GUACAAGCACCAGGAUAUUUAGUAUUACUCUGUAUCCUCUAUCAAUGGUCUAUUUAACCCCUCCCUAUCUAUUUACUCUCUAUCUUAUCAGAUAUCUUCGGAACCGCCCGAUUGCCUGCCUGACUAAUCACAUCAAUCUUGAAUCCUUCUCCAACUUCUCCUCAUGUCUAUACAAGCCUAUACAACACAAGUCCAUCGGCAAUAUGCCACUCCACGACUGCGACCACGACUAUGAACAUAAAGAAGGAACUAGCAUGCCCCUCUCUGAGUCCACCGUGCCCCCUCCAAUCGAACCCGACCCUCACCAGCGCACCCCCCAACCCCCUGAACCCGAACUCGACCUCCAACCCAAGACCAAAGAGACCAUCAAACCACUUUCCCAACACCCAUCCACCCACCUCUACACCCUCUCCUACCUAAUAUUCUUCGCGGUAUUUGGCACCCUAGCCCGCCUCGGCCUCCAAUCCCUAACCUUUUACACGGGCGCGCCAAUCGUCACAGGCGUACUAUGGGCUAACGCAAGCGGUUCUCUACUCAUGGGCUUCUUCCUAGAAGACAAGAACCUCUUCCGCGAAGAAUGGGGCGAGAACCAGGAGACAAUAGAUGAGCAUGAACGGUUGAAAGCGCAUAAAGCGACUAAGAAGACUAUCCCGUUAUACAUCGGCCUAACAACUGGUUUCUGCGGCUGCUUUACUUCUUUCUCUUCAUUUAUCAGGGACGUUUUCCUCGCGCUCGCGAAUGAUCUACCUGAUCCAUCUCGUGAUCCUUUCUCGGGUCCUGUUUCGAGAAACGGGGGGUAUAGUUUCAUGGCGCUCAUUGCGAUCCUACUCAUCACUGUGUCACUAUCCCUCGCUGCGCUGGUCGCUGGCGCGCAUCUAGCGCUUGCGUGUGACAGAUUCACGCCCGUCUUACCCUUCGUGUUUACGCGACGUAUCCUCGACCCCAUUAUGGUGAUCCUAGGCUGGGGAUGCUGGCUCGGCGCAGUCUUCAUGGCUAUCUGGCCACCAGACCGUCACAAUUUGGAAACCGAAACCUGGCGCGGAGCCGCGAUCUUUGCGAUCGUUUUCGCACCGCUAGGCUGUCUCCUCCGGUUCUAUCUCUCGCUAUUCCUAAACGCCAAACUUCCCAGCUUCCCGCUGGGCACGUUUGCGGCGAAUAUCCUAGGAACUGGUAUCCUGGGCAUGUGCUAUGAUCUGCAACAUAUCAGUGGUAUUGGUACUUCGGUGGUUAGUUGUCAGGUGUUGCAGGGUGUUAUGGAUGGGUUUUGUGGGUCGUUGACGACGAUUAGUACGUGGGUUGCUGAGUUGAAUGGGUUGGGGAAGCGGAGGUAUGCGUAUUUCUAUGGGACGGUUAGUGUUGGUGUUGGGUUGGGGUUGUUGGUUGUUACCAUGGGGAGUUUGCUAUGGACGAGGGGCUUUGAUACUCCUGUUUGCUAAUUUUGUAGUCUCAGUAGCUAUCUGUAUAUCUGUAAAGUAGUUCUACAUAGUAUCUAAUACUCACUCUGUUUCAUAGUUACAUACGAAUGCUUAAUUAUUGAACUUGAAUAUCCCCG